UCCAUGGUAACAUUGGAAGGGCGUGGUAAAGUUUAUAAAACGGAUUGCUUUUCCACUGGUUACCUACUACAUUUAUAUUUAACGUAUGUACAAAAACAUGGUCGAUGAAAUUCAUUAUGACCUACAAUUAUCGAAAUACAGCAAAAGAAUGGACCUCUUAAGAAAUGAAUUUAUUACGAGGUUAAUUGAAAACUAUUGCUAUGUUAAAUAUUACAAAUCAAUAAUUAAAAGCUCUAAAAAAUAUGCAUAAUUAACGACGUUACGACGCAUCUGUCGUUAGGCAACCUUUCGUUCACCGCCGCGACGCUACUGGAAAUUCAGCGCAGGUCUAAAGUACGCCAACGGUUUUUUGUACAUUAUAAUGUUGAAAUAUAUUUGUAAACCUUUCAUGCAAAGUGGUUAUGCAAAGAAUAUGAAUGAAGGCUAAUUAUUUCCAUAUUGAGAUUUUGGUCCUCUACAUGUUAUCACUGAUACCAUGGCCGGGACCGACAAUAUUCAAAAUAUCAUGCCCAAAAGAUAACGCAAGAAUAGUGAGAAAAAUAAUCCAAAAUAAAUGGAUUCCCGUUUUAGAGAAAUAUAAAGUUAGUAUUCCAUUAGAAUGUCCUUUUCAUCCGUUUAGAGAUAUUUUUGGGCCACAAGAAGCGGCGAAACAACAGCACCGGCCGUCUCAGUGGACUUGCGGUUUAUGUGGAAAAUCUUUUUUUGAAGAAAAGUAUUUGGAUUUACAUUUUGACAAUCGCCAUAAAAAUUAUAUUAAUAUGGCAGAAGAUGCCGUGUGCCUUGCUGAUUACUGCGAUAUAAUUCGGUGCGAUGUACUAAAAACACAAGAUGAAAAAAUUGUAUAUCCAGACACUGUAAAUACGGACAUUGAAAUUUGGAGAGAGACUUCCACUUAUAGAACCGAACUGAUUUCUACAAUCCCCAGAGAGGUAAUGAAGUAUAAGUCAAAAUCUUUGCCUACAAAGAAAUCGAACGGGCCGUCAAAACAAAUAGAUCAUUGCCAGAAGUAUGAUAAUCUUAAGGAGGCAAAGAAAAAUAACGAGGAUGCCAAUUCCAGUAGUGAGGACGAUAAAUCCCAAAAUAAUAGUUUUAAUGGAGUAUGCCAAAAUGAUCUAGUCGAUUCUGCAUUGCCGGCCUCUGACAAGCAACAACGUAUUGCAGAAUUACAAAAACUUAAAGCGAAUUGUAAACCGGAGGAAUUGCAGUUGCUAAAGACAAAAUGUGAAAUAUUAGUGAGAGAUUGUAUUGCAGGGUUGUUAAUACAUUUGUCGAUUAAGGAUUUUAAGGAAAUAGAAGAGGAGUUGAAUCGUGCAGUGUGUUGGUAUUUGACGUGUGAUAGAUAUUGGGAGGACUCGCAGGGAGAUUUCCGGCAAUUUCCAUGGGGUUUAUUGUGCAUGAUAGUAAUGGUACUAUCUUUGGGGAUCUGCAUAUGUUACUACAUCAUAUGGGUUUUAUUUGACACGGAUGAUGUCAGCGUUACAAGUGCGAGUAUGACGGACAGAUCAACUCCUUCACCGGCGCAUGCAUUGAGACAUGAUGCAUCACAAAGUAGUGAUGGGCACCAGCAAUAUAACGAAGAUUAUUAUGGAACUUCUGAUAAGGACAAUGAAUAUAUUUAUGUUACCUACCCACCAGAUCUGAAGCGAAGGUUGCUCGAAAGGUAUAUCCAUAGACAUCACAAAAAAACCUACUUAUUGUUAUACAUUAUUUUUGUGCGGUACCUAAACUCCCUACCCUCAGAACAACAUUCUUUUUUUUUGCACUAUUUACAUUAUGCAAGGACUAACUCUAUUCCCCAUGAUACACUUAACAAAUGGUACUGGCAGUCAGUGAUCAGCAUUUACUUAUGUAAACAGAAAUGCAUGUCAAAUCUGCCAGAAAUCUACACCUUUUACAUAUAGCAUUAACAUCCUUAGAAAGUGUUAACUAUGGUAACAGCGGUUUGUUGUUAAUUUUAACAAAAUUUAAUUCUUGUGAGAAUAUUCUAUGGCCAAAUGUGAAUUUCAGUUCUUUUAAGUUUACCUACCGUCUUAUCUUGUUUAGUGCUGCUAAAUAUGUUCUCCCAUAUCCUAGUUACAAUAAAUUUAGACCGAUUAGCUAUAUUAACCUAGCAGAAGCCCUGAAGCAAAAGAAACAGCAGUGCAAAUUAGUAAUAAUUAAUUGGGUUCUUCCCCACUUGCUGUUUCUUUUAUCUUCAAUGCCAGAUUUUAUGUAGAUAAAAAAAUUGUCUAUUAGAAUGAAAUUAGGUCAUUUAAACUAUACCAUGGUCUUCAAUAGAUAACAAGAGAUUUCCAUUGUAGUUGCUACAAUCGUACCACACGCUUGUAACCGCUAGUUCUACAGAAUGACUGGCCAUGUAGAUAAUCCAGCAGCACCUCCAAGAAUCCAAUAUAGAGUAGCGUCAUGCUGUAGCCAGUGCUAAUUACUACGCGAUCAAAAAUGAGUUGCUGUCGAGUCACCUUUGAAAUUUUUGUUUAAAUGGGAAAUCGUACUUAACUUGAACUACCAAAGGCGACUUGACAGCAACUUAUUUUUGAUCGCCCGUUAUUAUUCAAUCUCUUUUAUACACUAGUGAUUUACAGUUAGAUUUUUUGCUUUUUACAUCUACCUAACUACCUAUACUUUCGAAACGCUGCAUGUUCUUUAGUAAUUUCAAAUAGUGUUUUAAUACCUACGUAUUUCAAAUCUGGUGUAUUUUUCAAGAACAGUUGAUAUUUCUACAGUUUUUUAUAUUAAUAAAAUGAA